GGAGCGCAUGGCGCUGACCAGAUCCGCAAACAAGCGUGCCUGUGACUGAUUUACGGCGCGUCAAGCGAAACGUCGAAUUCGCAUAAGCAAAGCUCUUACCACGAUGCGGCAGUUCACCCUCAACAUACACGGUCUUUCCAUGAGGAGUAGCACAGAAGGGCGACAGCGAUCGUUGCCACAUCGCAGCGUGAUCCAACGCUUGAUCGUCGGCUUUCUUCUGGCACUGUGUAUAGCACCAUCCCUCGCGCAAUCCCCACCGCUGGCCACGUCAACGAAUGCGGGAAGCACAUCCGCGCAAUCCUCAUCGAACGUCGAAAAUACUAGCAAUGGCGCCAGUCCGACAUCCUCUUCUCAAUCUCUUUACACGCUUACGACAGUCUCGUUGGCCACGGUCACAUUAUCCCCGCAACAACCGCUUCCACCCGGGGCGCAUCCGAUCAGCAGCAAUGCAACGAAUCAAUACGUCACUUCCGUCACUCGUGUUCUGACGCUCGGCAUAGCUAGCGCUACCAAACCUUCCGCCAUCUCUUCGCCGUCGCCAUAUGGAGAUUCUACAGCCACAACAGCGCUAGCUUCAGACACAUCCCCAAGCCUCCCACUGCAGACCGUCAUCGAUCCUGCUUUCGGCGUGCUCGGCGCGUUUCUCAUCAUCAGCGGUCUCUUCAUGGCAUUCUGGGGUAUCAAGUCGACCUGGUCCACGGUCUUUUUCACUGGAUUUUACUCUCUCGCCCUGAUCACCAUCUGCAUCAUCCUCCGUGCGGGCGUUGCACAAUCCAUCUACGAUCCUUCGCCUGGUCUUCGUGGCGUCUUUCUCGUCGCGUGCGUUGUCAUCGGCGCGAUCGGGGGCAUCCUCGCACUCAUCUUCCGCUACUCUUCCACGCUGCUGACUGCCUGCCUAGGUGGUUUCGCUCUUGGCUUACUUCUGCAAGCUACACGGGAUGGAGGACUCAUUCGGAAAUUCGGCAUGCGUUAUGCCCUCUACUUUGGCUGUACUGCGCUGACUUUCGGGCUUCAUUUAAUUGUGAGGUUACAACGGCCUGUCAUCAUCCUCAGCACGGCUCUCACUGGUGCCACCGCUGUCAUCCUCGGCGUCGACUGCUUCACGACUGCCGGUCUCAAGGAGUUCUAUGUCCGCAACAUUGGCUUCGAUGACAUCUUCAUUCGCAAGUAUCCAGACACAUUCAGCAGUAAUCGCUGGCCUCUGACGACGGCCAUGCUCAUCGAAGUCGUGUCUAUCGCUGCUGUCACCCUCAUGGCUGCUGCCUUCCAGUGGCGCUUGUGGUCCGACCUGCGCCGCAACAUUCGUGCCAUGCGCGAGGCGGACGAAGACCGCGAGACGAGGCGCAAGGCAGAGAAGGCCGCGAAGCGCAUCCAGCGCAGCGCUCAGGCUGACCUGCAAGAAUGGGAAAAGAGGUACAGCAGCAACAACCACAGGAACAUGAACGCCUUUCGGAUAGCCAUCGAGAGAGAUGGCGCUGGCGACGACCGAGAACGCAAGAAUUCUAGCAUGAACAGCUUGCUCAACUUCAUGCCACGUGCACUGCACACAACCGCUUCGCAAGAUUCGCACGGGUGGGACAUGGAAUCAAAGGGCUCGAUGACGCCCGCUGCGAUGACACCGCACAUGGAGACGGCGCCCCUCGCCCGUCCUACAUCUACUCGCCCCGGCUCGUUCUUGCACUAUGUCGCGACAGGUCAGCGUAACUUAGCGUACCUCUCGAAGUGGGACCCAGGCCACCUGCAGCACACCCGCACCAAUUCGGCGGCUACACUACCUCCACUCGACCUGGGCGGAUCACUGAGCGAGUCCUCACAGUGUCAUCACCCGCAGGGGCAACAUCAACAACGCCGCCAACUUGCAUCGCUUCAGAUGAAUUCCAACCCUUCCUCCAAGUCGGCUGGAAGCAGCAACUCGGGCGAUCCUGAGCUGCUGCUCGAUGAGAUACAAAGGAUUCGAGAGAGCAUCGAUAACUUGCGCAAGGCAUCCUCCUUCGACCUUGAAAAUGCUUCAGCUGUCACACGCGCUGAUGACUCAAAGCCCUUUUCCGCGACGGACGGACGCAUACGCGCUGGCUCGAUUCACAUGAGCAAGACGGCUUCAAACGCGCUGCUCGCGGCGCCGGAAUGUGUAGAAGAGGAAACGGGCGAUGACACGAUUGCUAGCAUCCGCGAUUUGAAGGCAAAGGGGGCAUUCACAAGGCAGAAACGGCACUCAAUGAGCGGCCUGGAGCCUUCUCAGUCAUUGCAGGAAGUCAUCACCUCGGAAGCGGCUGAGAUACCUACACAGACCUACCGCGCUCAUCGGCUUUCCUCAUCUUCACCUCAGCAGCAGCAGCAACGUACGAUCACGAUGGAUCCGGUUGUCAGUGCUGCUCGCCGCGCAUCUGCCUUACCGGCCUCCAGGCCCAGCAUGAGCGAAGUAAGUCCGUGGACAGCGCUACCGCACCGCAAUUCUUCCGAAAGCCUGUCGCCGUCCUUGACAACUUCAUCGCCGCAGCUCAACAAAUCAAACACGCCGCCGCCCAAGGAUCCGCUGCCACCGCUUCCGAAGACUGCCCCGGCCUCUCCUUUGGCGCAUUUGGCGCCGUUGGAUCGCGCACAAAGUCAGAGCAAACUUUCAGCUGGCGGAUCCAUGUCGCUUGCGCAAUACGAAGCCAAGCACAAGGAGCGCUUGGCAGCCAUGCAGCGCAAUGCAACUGAAGCUCUUCUCGAGAGGGAGAAGAGCCGCUUAUUACAGAUCGAACGCCAAAAGGCAUCUGAAGCAUUUGCCGAGAAGGACAGGCACGCGCUGAAGGAAACGGAGGUUGUGCUCAAACCACAGGAGUUCUCCAUGAGCGGGCAUAGCUCUGGCCAUGGCAAGAGCAUCAACGUUAUGCAGGUUCCGCAAGGCCAAGCGCCUGCAUGCUCAGUGCAGUCACCUUUGGCCGCAGCCAGCCAACGAAUGAGCAUACCUAACGCCAGCAAAAAUGCAUUCGGUCAUGAUGAUGCCAAGCGCAUGAGUCUGCACCGCCGUUCGAGUAGCAUUUCACUCGAUGAAAUUGCGCGCCAAACGCUGCAACACCGCUCGCAGCGUUCGCUUGGUGGCUUUGCGAGCACGCAGCGCCCUGAGCCUUCGUCAGCCAAGAUGCAGCAACAGCAGAUGCAGACGCAUCCCCGCAGGAGGCACUCGGCCUCGGACUUGCUUCAACAACAUGCACUUCAGUGUUCCACGCAUAGCGCGGCGGGAAGGAAUGACACGACCACGACCAGCGGUCGUGGAGAGAUCCGUCUUCCCGACAAGGCGGCGUCCACUACGAUGAACGCCACAGCUCCUGCUGUCGCGUUCAAGCGCGCAUCGGCCACGCUGACCGAGACAGAUCGCCGUCGUAUCGCCGAGGGUGCACUGCAGGGCCAAAACAGUGGCGGCCACCGCAGGCGGCUCAGCCAGCCUCUGCUGCAAUUCGACAACAUGGUUGUUGAACAGGCGCUCGAUAAAGCGACCGCAGAAGACGAGCGCAGGCACAAACGUGCGUCACAGUUCUCGCUGUCGAUGACUAGGCAAAAGCGUUCUUCGAUGUCUGCGCAGCCCAAAGCGUAAAGACGGUUUCGCUUCGGUACGCAAUUCUGACUGGGGCAAAGGGAUCCACUUCCCUUUCGCAGCAUUUCGUCCACAAUAUACACUUGUCGUCGGCAAGCAACACUUUCAUUCACACUCUCUUCGAUUCAUACCACCUCCAGCAGAUCGUAGCCAGCCAAUACGCAUUCAUGCGUACCCAUGCACAC